ACGUGAUGAACUCUAACCCGGAAGUACUUUCCAUCGGCACCAAACAAGAAGAUGUUCCGUUCAUAGCCACUUUGUUAGCUGCUAACCAAGUCGGGAAGUUGCAAUAUUAAACUUGACGACUGACUCUUGAAGAAACGAUGCGGGUUAUCGGUUGUUCGCAAGUGAAGCUUAACGCGUCAGGGUCCUUUAUUUGUGAAAUUUGAGCGCCGGACAAUCACCGAAGCUAGUUAGCUUAGCUUCGCUAGCGCUUUCGAGGCCAGAGGCUGCGACGUCUCUGUUAAGGUAACGUGGAUGUUUGGUAGCAGGAAGAUUAAAACUAACAACUGUCGUUAACUAACAGCUGCUGUCUGGGGCAUGCUGUUUAAUUUGACGAGCACGAAUAAAAGUCCGUGUUAAAGGUGGAGGUUGUGUUUGAUGGUGUAGCUUAGCAGGAGAUUAGCCGAAGAGAAAAGUGCAGUCAUGGACGAUUUCAGCUCGAUCAGCCUGCUGUCUCUUGCGAUGUUGGUGGGAUGUUAUGUGGCCGGGACGAUACCUUUAGCAGUCAACUUUUCAGAGGAAAAGCUGAAGCUGAUCACUGUACUGGGAGCAGGGCUGCUCUGUGGGACUGCACUCGCUGUUAUUAUUCCUGAAGGGGUCCACGCACUUUAUGAGGAAAUCCUCGAAGGUGGACACCACAGUCACGGCCAGGCUGGAGUUGUGGAGGCGUCCGAGCCAAAGGUUGAAGCAGACACUGCCCUCGGAGCCAGUGGGAAACAUGAACACAGUCACGAGCAGCUUCACGCCUGCAUUGGAGUGUCUCUGGUCCUGGGCUUCGUCUUUAUGCUGCUGGUGGACCAGAUAGGAAGUUCUCAUGUGCACAACACUGAAGAUCCAGAGUCAGCAAGAGUCACCUCCUCAAAAAUCACCACCACCCUGGGUCUUGUGGUCCACGCUGCUGCUGAUGGAGUGGCACUUGGAGCUGCCGCCUCUACCUCUCAGACCAGUGUUCAGCUCAUUGUCUUUGUAGCUAUCAUGUUGCACAAGGCUCCAGCAGCGUUUGGCCUUGUAUCUUUCCUGAUGCAUGCUGGUCUGGAGAGGAACCGAAUUCGCAAACAUCUCUUGGUCUUCGCCCUGGCAGCACCCGUCCUCGCCAUGCUCACAUUCUUAGGCCUCAGUCAGAGCAGCAAAGAGGCCCUGUCAGACAUCAACGCCACCGGUGUAGCCAUGCUCUUCUCCGCCGGCACCUUCCUCUAUGUGGCCACCGUCCACGUCCUCCCUGAGGUGGGGGGUGGCGGCCACAGCCAUGCUCCAGCAGGAGGGAACGGAGGCAAGGGACUGAGCAAGGUGGAGGUGGGAGCUCUGGUUCUGGGCUGCCUCAUUCCUCUGGUGCUGUCUGUCGGUCACCACCAUUAGACCUGCAACUCAGGACGGAUUUAAGACAGGUGUACAGGGGAAAGAAGCCGAAACAGAGACUUCAAACAUUGUGGAUUUAAAUGUCUUAUUGCUUGUCUGCUGAUGGACCUCGUGGACCAGACUGGUGCUCAUUGUGGGGACGUCCUAUGACUAAAAACUGAAGUUGAAACAGGGACUGAAUGAUGUUAGGGAAGCCAAGGCACACAACGUUUUUCUCUCCCGACACUGAUGACGAUGGUUCAGCUGUUGUAUAUGUCCAUUUACGCCACCAGACAUGUUGAUCUUUUUCUGAGGGAUUGGCCAGAGGACAGUUAGCUCAGUUUAUUUAGAUCACUGUGGAGUUUUCAGUGUUGCAUUAUCGUGCUUGUCCAAAGUCAAAGAACCAACCCUGAUUUCAUUACAGUGGAUGUUUUGCUAGAUAACAGUUGCACAGUGAGAUUUAGAUUGUCUUGAUCAAGCUUGUGAUAUUGAGAAAGCAAACCUUUUUUAAAGCAAUGUACAGAUCUCUUAAAAACAAUCCAGACUGAUUUGAACUGAUUUUCAAGUGCCAUAUUAGUAAGAAACAACCCCUUGAAGAAGCGGAGCUGUAAGGACAUUACAGUUUGUAGAAGAUGUUCUUUUCUUAUUUUCAGAGCGAUCUUGAAUCUCUGAAGCUGGAUGAGGGAUCAGCCCGAUCAACCAGCCACCUGCACCUGCAGUUUUUGCUUUGGUGAGCGAGUUUGUCUGUCCUGUUAGAAAAAUUAGUUGUGACAAGCAAGUUUCUUGGCCCGAUGGAAAACAGUUAUGAUGGGUACUGAUAGUGUGUUUCCAGUAAAACCAUGUGCUUAGGUUUAUGGUCCAGUCAGGUAAAACCCGAGCCCUACGUGAGGGGAAAGACGCAACAAGAGCCUCCAUGUAUCGCAACAAGAUCUGUAACUUUUUAGUUUCUGGAUGUUUAUUUCUGUUCUGUUUUACCCAGAGAGUUAUUAUAAAUAGCAAUUGCAGGAAAAAUCUGUAUAGAAUUGUCUUAAGUGAGUGAGUAUGACUAUAGUGUUACUAAGCUUAUUUAGAGGUGGAGGGUUAUUUUCAGCAGCUCUGAAUGAAUGAAUGACUUGCCUUAUAGAGGUCAUUAACUGGAUGAACUUGUGUAGGGACCAUCUGCUCAGGAGGACAGACGUAUGACAGGUUUUGUGAGAAUUUUGAACAAACCGUGUUUAGUUAAUUUGUUCCUCAGUAAUUAAUCAUACCUGAGCAAUAAUUGUAAAAAAAGUUAAAAAGUGAAAUUGGGGCAAAGUCACGUUUUUCUCAGGAGUGUAGCUGAGUCUGAAAUGGGCACAGAGAGUUUGCCUUCAUCUUCAAAGCACUUGUUAUGUGAUUCACAUAUCAAGCUCUGUCAGAUGGACGCUCUUGAACGCAGCCUUGCCCUGACGUCCCCCGUCUCUGCUCCAUUAAAAUGUUCACCGGUUGAUGCAUUAAAGUCUAAGUGGGGCUGUUCCCUCUUCUAUCAGGA